AUGCAGCCCUUACUUCGGCAGCUGGCGCGCCCGCGGUGGAUCCACUGCCGGCCCGGCGCAGCGCGCGCCGCGCUCCAGCGCAGCGGUGUCCGAUGCUAUGUGGACAGCAUCGACCGAAGGGUCUCGGUGUACACCUUGACAGAGCCGCAGGAGGUCUUGUCCUUUAUGGAUCGACAUCCCGACUCAGACCUCAACACCUUCGAGGCCGCCUUACGCCAUCUGAGCCGCUUCAGCCAGCGCGGAGGCCACCGCACCAACGCGCAGAUCGUGGAGGACGCGCGCUUCCACGCGCUGCUCAGCGGCUUGACCUCCCGCUUGGAGGAGUGCGACGCCACGCUGCUGUCGAAGAUCUCGGACAGCUCGGGGAGGUUUCAAAACUCCACGCCCGAGCUCGUGGACCUGGCCUCGCGCCUGGCGGAGGUGGUCUGCCAGCGCGAGGACAGCUUCACGGCCAGGAACCUGGCCACGGUGGCCAUCAGCCUCUCCAAGCGGAUUCGGGACGUGGAAACGGUGGAGUUCAUCCGGAAUGAGGUCUUGAAGCUCAUUGACGACCUGGAGCCCAAGCACUGCAACAUGCUUUUGGAAGCCUUCCGGAGGUGGGGCGUCUUUGAUCGGCAGCUGGUGGACUUGCUGGUGGAGCGGAUGACCGACGAGGUGGAUCAAUUCGUUCCCGACGAGCUGGUGGAAGCUCUCAGUGUGUUGUCGCGCUUGGGCCUGGCGCGGGGCUUCUUGCUGCGGCGCUUGUGUGGCUUGGCCUUUGAAAAUCUGCGGCAGUUCACUGCACGGGAGCUGGCACGCAUGAGCUACGCCUUGGCGCGGUUAAGGUUUCUGGCGCAGAGCAACGUCGAUGAGCUUGUGGAUGCCAUGCGACCGGAGCUGCACAGGCUGCGGGGCUCACAGAUCUCGGAGUUCCUCUUCGCGCUGUCCAUGGUGAAGGCCACCCACCAGCUGGAGACCUGUCGGACCCUGGCGGCGCAAUACGUGGACAGCGAGGGCGGCAUCCCCCAAAUGAGUGGGGGCUCCUUGAUUGACUACGCUUGGUCGCUGGCGGCGAUGGAUUUGGUGGAGGACUUUGAGAAGGACUUCCGGGCGGCCCUCGAAGAGACCUUCAAAAGGAAGGUGCCGCAGAACCGGACGCCGCUCAUGAAGUUCUUCGAUGUGAUUUGCGCCCUGGACUUGGAAUAUCAGCACUUGAAGAUCCAAGUGCCCUCCACUUGGAGGGCCGCCUGUGAUGAGGCAGACCGCUUCGAAAUGGAUCGCUUGGAGUCGUCCAGACUGCACAACGAGGUGAUGAUGCGCUUUGAUCAGCUGCAAGGCUCUAGCAAGGGUCUCAAGUGGCGACUGAAGAUGCAAAGGAAUGGAGUUUGUACACCCUACAGGGUCGACAUGUUGGACGAAAAGCUUGGCAUUGCUCUGGACCUGGAGAUUAUUAGCUGGCCCACCGCGCGGCACUUAAAGCACCGACUGCUGGAGGGCAAAGGCUAUCGCAUGGUGAAGCUGGAGUAUUGGGACUGGCGGCGAGCCAGAUCGGAGGAGGAUCAAUCUGUACUUCUCGAGCGUGAAGUCACCAAAGCUUUGGAGGCCAACCCACUUCCAUUGCCUGAGGAGUAA